AUGCCACACUCCACCACGCACCUGCACGCCCAAAACCCGCUCUCCCACUCCCCCUCCGGCGACUCCUACACAGGACUCGGCUGCUUCCCGCUGGGCCGCCACACCACCUCCGCCGAAACCAGCGACCUCGUGCAAACGCUGCGCCGUCUCCGCGAACGGCGCAUGCUGCAACCCAUCUCUCCCAGCCUCUUCUCAGACAUCAAAGCGCAACUCGCGCCCUUGCGGGCAGCGCGGGGCUUCUGGAGCCGUGCGCGGGAUGCGCAGCAAGCGGCGGCUGUAGGGGAACUACUGGAGGGGCUGGAGAGCGGAGCACGGGAGUUGACGAUCUACGCGUUUCCAGAUUCGACGCGGUUGAGCAGUACAGCGGGGCAGGUGUGGGGGCUUUUUGAGCGGGAUGGGCAUACAGGACGGACAGUGUUGUAUGUAUCGGGGAAGCAGCGCGAUGUUGCAGGCACGGUGCUGCAUACGUUCCUGUCGAGCCGACGGUGCGUGAGGUUGCAGUGCUUUCUUGCCGAGUACGUGUUGGCGGAUCAGGCGGGGACGCUGACGGAGGAGUGGGAGCUGCCUGAGCGGUUGCAGUGGGAUGUUGAUAUGCUGGGGAGAGAGGAGCUGAAGGAGCUGCUUGAGAGAUUGGAGACUGAGACGACGUUGGAGGCGCCGAUACUGGUGGCAAAGUUGAGGGGUUAUUGUGAGGAGCAGGUGGAGAAGAGAAAGGAGCCUGUGUGGUGGGGUGGAGGAAGAGGGGGUGGAGGUAGCGGAAUGGUAGUGGAAGAGGAUAGUAGAACGAAGAGCACUGAAACUUAA